GCUGGCGCCGUUUUUAGCACUCUGUACUAUUCAUUACAACUAAACAACCUGAACGUUGUCAGUCUAUGUAGUAAGAUGGAUCCCUGUCCAUGCGCCGCCGCACGCGUCCUCUGUAGGUCCGCUAACAGCGUCAUUUCAUUGCUCCUGUCGUGCCCAACAUCCCACUGCCCCUUGCCUCACCCCCAAAAGCAAAGAAACGGCGCUUUGUGCAUACUUCCCCGCAUCUCAGUUUCCCCUCAAGUCCGUCUCUGUCCCUUUACCCUCAGAAUCAAUGAGGCGAGUGCGCUCCGUUACCAUGUAGUAGGUAUGCAGGGUAUUCUAAGUAAGACACAGCACGAGAAGCACAAGUACGUACCAACAGAACACUGUAUGUGCCGGUCAAGAAAAAGCGGCACAAAACAAGUCGAAGCUCGAACGGCAACUUCGCGCACAAAGCGCUCUUCCUGCGCGAGCCUCAUCUGGAGCCGCGUAGCGCUGGCGCCAUUCUUUGACCCUGCGCUUUUCCCAAAUGAUCUGUGUAAGUCAUCAGUCAAGGUGUCGAGGAUGUGAGAAGAAAAUGAUACGUCAGCUCUUCCAAUUCAUGUGCGCUCGCUCUGUUGUUGCACUCGCCAGCUCGCAGCGUCUAGACCGUCCAGAAUUGUGCCACCAACGCCACAUGUUGGUUAAGAGGCUAACAGAAUGGAAGAGGGAGCCCGAGACGAAGGAGGGCGAAGGGAUUUGUGAGGGGACGCGGGGGCGAUCUAGGCCUCAUUAGGGGAGCGGUAGUCUGGCAGGGCCGCCGUGUGGCAGGGUAUGAUCAGUGCGAGAGCGG